AUGUACCAAACCGAUCGCCAACGAAUUCCGAUCAAGUUCAGACACAAAGAGGAACGGGUCCCAGAAUCACUGUUCUGCCUGUGUCUGAAGUAUGUGGCGCGAAACUUGGACACUCUGUGUACGGAGACUCUUGAUGGUUAUACUCUGCACGAUGGAUUGGCUUUGCCAAGCGAGAUAUGUGAACCAUUCAUCGAGGUUUAUCAGAGCAACGGUGGCGAGAUUUUCGACCGUUUUGCACAUCUAUUCGUAGACGUUACCAAAACCAACUUGAGAUCGGUACACAUAAGUAACUCAAGUAUUACUGACGAAGGUCUUGAGUACCUGCUGUGCCACGACCUAUAUGAACUCACACUUACAAACUGUCAGAAUCUCACUCACAAAACUUAUAUAAAUAUAUUCAAACAUGCCGUCAACCUUCGUUCGUUGACCAUUGGUCCAAAUGUACAAAUAACUCCUUACAACAAGCUGUCAAACUCUUCACUAUCUCUAGAUGAUCUCCCCUCAAGAAUCUACAAGAAGGCACCCAAUCUUAGACAUUUUGUGUUGCGAGCAAUUGCAGAAUCACCAUUCACUAGUGACAACAUAUUUCUGGGUGUCAUGCUUGAUAAGCUCAUACAGCUGAGGUUCUUGGACCUCUCUUAUUGCUUAGGUGUUGGCAGUCUGCGUUACUUGUGUAAACUCACCAGCUUACAUACAUUGAUACUUUUCGAUGUGCCCCAUCUGCAAAACAAUGACGCAAUAAUCAAUAUUUGUUCCCUGAAAUCUCUGGUUGUUUUAGAUAUAUCGCAAACUGAGACUUUCCCAGAACAAGGUAUUUACAAAGAUGAAAAUAAAAUUUUAGCACUAAUUGUGACCUGUCUACCAAAUCUUAUGUCUUUGGAUAUAUCCGGUACAAAUUUGGCUGGAAAAGGCACUGCAGAACAGUCUAUGUGUGAAUCACUGAGUGGCAGGAAGUCGGACAUUCCUGGUUUAGAGUAUCGAGUAGACAAUCCUUUGGAAUUUUUAGGUUUAUAUCAUACUCAGCACAAUGCUUGCAGGCGGCACGAUAUUCCUGCAAAAAUUAUCAGUGGUGAUGCUAACGAAGAACAGAUCUUCAAUGCUGCUGCUUCGUGUAUGGACAAACCAAAAUUACUUCAAAACAUUUUAAACGAUCUUUACCACUUAUUGAGGUAUGACCAGUGUACACAAAUUGAUCAAGCUCUUGACAUAGUAUUGGAAGCUCUUACUAGAUAUGUAAAAGAGAAACUCAUUCAAAUUUCUGGGAGUGCAACACUUUUCUAUAUUGUGAAAAAUAAAGAUCGGCCAUUACUAUUAAAUGAUAUAACAGUAAAACGACGUAUUAUCACAACACUAUUAACUGGAAUGGACUAUCACAACUAUGAUGAAACAAUGAUGCGGAAUGGAUGUUUGACUUUGUGUCAGUUAAGAAUACCUCAAGAUGUGAUGUUCGAGUUUAAACGUUUAGUACAAAUGUUACUACACAUUGUAUCUACUAGUGACCAUGAAGGGUUUGUACAAAGAAUUGGUAUUUAUUUACUAAACUCAGUUGCAUGCCAGGUGAACAAUAAACAAAAAAAUGAACUUGGAGAUGCUGGCGCAAUUAAGAAAAUGAUGGCAAUAAUCAAAGAUAGGCUUCAUCGAAGAGUUUGCGAUGAUGUUCUUGAAGUUGCUUGGUCAACAAUGUGGAACGUAACAGAUGAAGCACCAAAAAAUUGUAAAAGGUUUCUAGAUGGAAAUGGAAUGAAAUACUUCAUUGGAUGCUUAUCAACUUUUCCGGAUAAAAAUGAACUGAUGCGGAAUAUGAUGGGUUUAUUGGGCAAUGUUGCUGAAGUGAGUGAGCUACGAUGUAGACUUAUGCAAGGACAUUUUAUCAAAGUGUUUUCUGACCUUUUAUAUUCUACUCAGGACGGAAUUGAGGUUAGUUACAAUGCUGCUGGGGUAAUUGCCCACUUGGCAUCAGAUGGUCAAAGAUCGUGGAUUAUAAAAAACCCAACAAGAAAUAAAGUAUUAGAUCGUAUGACUAAAGCCAUAAAAAAAUGGAACUUGGACGCUGAUCGAAAUAUUAACUAUCGUUCCUUUGAGCCAAUUUUACAGCUUGCACAAGUUAAGCACACACCUCAAUGUGCUCAUUGGGCAGCAUGGGCUUUAGCAAACCUCACUAAAGUUUACCCCGAGAAGUACUGUUCGAUUGUUAUAGCUGAGGGUGGUUUAAGAAUCAUGAGUGAACUACUCGAAGAACACAGUCAACUUCAAAAUAAUCAGCCUGGGGUUAUACAUAGUCUAGCUCAAACAGUCAUUGACCAAUGUCUGAUGUAUAUGAAAAACACUAUAGAUGAAGCAAGAAAUCAGUGA